AUGAGAAGAGAGUUCCAAACCGAAAGAGAGGCUCAUCAAGCAACAAACCAGAGAAAUGAUGAAUUGCAAAGGACCUUAGAAACCGAAAGACAGGCUCAUCAAACAACAAACCAGAGAAAAGAUGAAUUGCAAAGGACCUUAGAAAUCGAAAGACAAGCGCAUCGAGCAACAAGCCUGAUAAACGAUGAAUUGCAAAGGACCUUAGAAACCGAAAGACAAGCGCAUCAAGCAACAAACCAGAGAAAAGAUGAAUUGCAAAGGACCUUAGAAACCGAAAGACAAGCGCAUCUAGAAAUAAGCCAGAGAAAAGAAGCGCUUGAAGUAUCUUUAGAAGAAGAAAGGCAAAGAAUCGAUGAACUCCUGGCAACACAAGCCACAUUGCAACGAUCUAUCGAAGAAUACCGAGCUUCGACGCAAUCCUGCGAUUGGGUUCUUGCCCGCGAUGAAAUAUUGAUGACCGAAAACCUCAUUGGAGAAGGAGCCUGGGGUAGCGUAACAAAGGGAAAAUUCCGUGGAUGUGAAGUUGCAGUGAAACAAAUUCAUCAGCUUAUUCUCUCAGAUCACAACAGAAGACUUUUCGAGCGUGAAAUAGGUAUAGCUUCAAGAUGCCGUCAUCCUUGUCUUCUUCAGUUUAUUGGAGCAACCAACGAUAUUCAAAGUCCUCUUUUUGUUACGGAACUUUUGGAUUCUAGCCUAAGAGCACUUUUGCAUGAACGUGCAUUGAAUUCUAGUGAGAUCAUAACUAUUGAUCUAGAUGUUGCCAAAGGGUUAAACUACUUACAUCUCAUUAGACCCAUACCUAUUAUCCAUCGAGACAUCAGCAGUGCAAACGUGUUACUUUGGAAAUACAAUACUUACUGGCGAGCAAAAGUAUCAGAUUUUGGUACUGCCAACUUCUUACAUCAGUCUAUGACUGUUGCUCCUGGUGCUCCGGUGUACUCAGCACCCGAAUCACUCACGUCAACGCAAACACCCAAGGUUGAUGUGUACAGCUUCGGGGUUCUGCUUUGCGAGAUGUUUGUUCGGGAUUUCCCCGAUGUAGCUCGAAGAAACGAACAAAUUGCUAUGGUUUCCAAUGAAUUGAUCAGAAGGCUCAUAAGAAGAUGCUUGCAAUCAGAUCCUGAUAAUCGUCCUUCGAUGGCAGAAAUACUAGAAGAACUGAAAAGCUUUCAAAACUAACGUCGAUAAAAACAUUGAAGGUUCGUCGAUCUACGUUCUUUAAAGUGCACCUACACCCUAUUUUUCCGAUCUGGAGUAAAACUUUAAGUCACAAAAAGCAGCUCUUUGAAUUUUUUUUUAGAUCCAUCAAAAUGCGAAGUUUUGGUGCUCUGUCAAAGAUUGGAAAAUACUUGUAGAGCAUUUUAGUCGAAGUAAGUGGACCAUGGCCGUAAUUACAGAGGAGAAUGAGUCGAGUGACGUGUGACGUCACCAUAGGCCAACACAACCACAGAUUACCACAGAUUCUAUAUCAGAGUCCAUCUUCACCAAGCAACAAGUCAUGGCCUGCGUUGACGUCACGCUCGGACCCAUACUCCCGCUUUGAUUCUGCGGUAACGGACCACACAUUUCGUAUUUUUAAAACAAUUUUUCGCAUUCAAAUUUUUUUUUCAAAUGUGACCAAAAUACCACA